GACGCUGCCAAGUUGCCGUUGCGUUCGCCGGAGCCGCUACAGACUCACGUGCGUCGAGCCGAGGACGGCAGCUCGCGGAGUAGUCCGCGAAACUUCAAACGAGCCAACUCUAGAUUUUAUACCGUUUGAACUCCACGGGUGUUACGUUCGAAAACAAAUACCGAAAUCCCUUCCUGCGUCGAACCGAAACUGACAGUUUGGUUGCCCUGUUUUGUCGUCUGCAAACUUGCGCAAGUGACGUCUGCUUCAUCAACUGCGACCCCCUCCCUGCUCCGUGAUGUAGCUCGAAGCUUCGAAAACGGAACUGAAGGUUCCACCGUUGCUGUGUUUUAUCGUCCGCUAUUUAUGUCUUCUGGCCGAUUGCGUCGAUGUCAAUGUCACCUGCAACCUUCGUCUGCUUUUGAUGUCUGAAUCCUCUCUGGAGCCGCCUGCUAGAUUCGUUCGGUAGUGACGUCGUCUGCUUCGUCGCUCCUGUCGUCUGCUUCGUCCGUUUUGUCGUCUGCUUCGCUAUCGCGUCAAGCGUCGUCUCGGUGGAUUGCUUACGCGAAGGAUUUCGGCGAAGGAGUUUCUCAUCGCUUCCGCUGCUGUCAAUUUUGGCGCCUCGGAUGUUUUCGCGGGCCUGACGGUCGGAUUGCAUCCGGAUGUGACGCCGACGCCGCCGGAAGUGACGUACAGUUUGGCGCCACUUUUUGUCUGAACGUGUUGUCAGUGUCAGGUUGUGCUGUUAGAUUAGUGACGGCAGUGUCGUGGUGAUGGCGACCGUCGCACAGCGGAGGAUCGUCCGAAGACCCACUGGGAUCUCCGGCCUUGCAGCGCCCAAGAGCUCGGCCAACAGCUCGAGGUCGGGUUCGCCGCACACCGGGUCCUUCAUCCCUCAGCCCAAGGCGACCGUGAUCACCCGGGACCGGAACACCUCGGACAGGUCGAGACCAUCGUCUACGGCCUCCGCCUCGUCCAUCUCCCACCUUCCUGUCAAGAGUGCCGUCGGCGUCCCCGUCAGGCAGCAACAGCCCGCAAGCGCCGCCAACGGCCACGCCGGGCACAAGGCAGCCGGCGCAAACAACGCCGCCAACGUCAGCCUCAACAACAACUCUAUGCUCGACAAGUUCAAGUUCUUCAACUCCAAGGACAAGGGGGCCCACGACAAGUCCAAAGGCACAGCCUCAAGACGACCCAGCAGCAGCAGCGGACUCAGCUCUGCCAGGAGUGAGAAGAGCGACUCCUCCGUGAGCCUGUGCGGUGAUCCACCUGGUUCCCCUUCCCCUGGUACAAGUCCAGCACCGGCAGUGGCUGAUGCCUUCCAGGCCAAGUUCCACUCGACCGCUGCACCUGCUUCACACUGCAAUGGCGGCGUGCCCAACUCUGCGCUGGUCGCGGAAGGAACUGAAGCCUCUGUGAACAGCCCUGCCGCGGGGGUGAAGAGUCUGUCCAAGAAAAAUUUCGGCAGGUCCAUAGGAAAGCAUCCAGCGGCGACGACUACGAAAACUACGCCUGUGGCUAACGCUGCACCAAACUCCAGUGAUGUAGUAAGGUCCGGUCUCCCAAGGUCUUCCCCAUCGACGGAUACCUUAAGCAGAAACGCUUCCAAGUCUACAAAUGGUGGAGGUUCGCGCCCAACGAGCACUGGCCACGAACUGAGUGGCCAGGUCGCCGUGGGAAAAAGUAGCAGCUUUCAAGACAGCAACAUCCACAGCUCAGCCACGGACGACAAACAGUCUGAUAUGAAUAAUGGCACACCCAACCCGGGCAGCGGAAUACCAAAGCCUACGGCAGCCGUCAAGGGUACAUCGAAGCAUUCGCGAGAAGAUCUCAGCGUCUUAUCGACGCUUCCGCCCGAAAAACCGGAGAAGCCGGACAAGGCCAGAGAAGACGCCAACCCAAUGACAACGAUAGCGACGUCCGAGUCCAUGGCAUCACUAAAAUCACCGGGCUCCAAGGAACAUGUCCAUGCCCAACAAGACCAAGUGACUAGCCAAUCCACUGGCAAGCCAGAGACGCAACACAAGAACGACCGUUCCAAGAAGAACUCGCAACAGAACGUCAGCAUCGCCAUGGUCUCGCCGAUCAUGAGCACGCAGCAUUCGCUAAGCAAGGAUUCCAUCACGUCUUCCACUGAGUCCUCAACCGCGACGUCCAUCAUCUCCAAGAAGGAACCGCAGGACAACAAGGACACCAAGGGUUCCCUCGUCGGCGGCAUGGAGUCGACCAUCAAGUCCGUCUCAGCCGAAACGAAGCCGGUCCCCAAGUCGAACGCAUCCGAAGCCAAGGACGGAGAUGAGGUCGAAGACGCCCUGGCCAACAUCCAGCCGAUGCAGCCGCUGAACAGGGCGUCACCUUACGGCGGCUACGCGAGGAGUCUGAGCGGUCAUCGGGCGGCCCGUCUGCCGGCCUGCCUGCGUCUCCAGGCGGACGUGCAUCGCGUGGCAAGGCACAUGAUGGCAGCCUCGCAGGACAUUGCCCGGUUGUACGGCGCCCAGAGGGUAGGCACGGCCUCAGACUACGCCGAGCUCACGGCGGGCUACGUGAGCGACGGUGACGUGCUCAGGGCUCCGACCGCCGAGGAAGUGGCUAGCGGCUACAUGAGUGAGGGUGGGGCAUCUCUGUACGCCCGUCGACCCGUCAGGUGUCCCGUCAAGGAUCCCAAGCUGGUCAACGUGCUUCAGGACGACAGCCACUGCAGCGCCACCUUGAUGCACCCCAGUGUCCGCCAUCUGUGUGCACCUCGUAAAGGUUUCGACGACAGCAGUUCCAUCAGCAGCGGGCUGAGCGACACCUUCGCCGAGAUCAGCACCAACGACCUGACCGACUCAUCCUUGAGCUCGGACCCGUACGGCUGCCUGAAGCGGCACCACUACCCGGUCAUGACCGCACCCUGCAACAAGUACUCGUCCACCACUGACAAGUCUUCCUCCCGCAAGGCCGACCAGCAGGCUUCCACCAGCGCAUCCGCCACCAUCGGAGUACCGCUGUUGCCCACCACCUCCGUGCGGAGCAGGAACGCCAACGUCAAGAAGACUGACAGUUCCAUGCAGACCGACUCCAGCGCCCUCCAGCAGAACCUCACGUCCGCCAACUGGAAGAGGUACGUCCAGCAGCAGGAGCAGUCCAAGACCAACUCCACGGAGUCGCUCAAAUCCAAGGAGAGCAAGCGGAGCGCACAGUCCUCUAAGACCAGCAAGUCCCUGGACAGUAACAAGCACGAGGUCCAUAAGAGCAAGUCCAAGACGACCUCUGGCAAAGGGGACGAUUCCUCCAAGUUGAGGUCGUACUCCGCCGAGCUUGCGGGGGCAGCCGGCGAUGGGCCACUCGACAAGGGCCGCUCUGGAGCGCCGAAGAGCGGGACAGAGUACGUGGUCAACUCUAGGAAGCUGGUCAAUCGAGCCCCCAACGCGGUCUGCGUCGCGGGCAAGCGACCUUCUAGCACGGCGUCAACGGGAAGUGGUAGAAGCGGAAGCUCCCAGCAGAGCAAGAGGGAAGGUUCAGACCUGGAGCACAGGACGUCGAGCCUUACCAGAACCGGAGAAAUGACCCGGGGGAGCAGGUCCUCGCUGGAGCGCAAGGCCAAGGUCUCUGGAAGCACGCAGACGGUGGUCAACGACAUGUUCAUCUCGGCCCAUUCGGACUCCGAGUACAGUUCCUUGGGGAGGUCGGCCGGCAAGCACGCGAAGCAGUACCUGCAGGCUUCCUUCGCGUCGCCUACGCUCGGAAGCAUGCGUGAGCGCAUCUACGGAACGAGGACCCUGCUGAAUGGGUCGCCACCGUCGUACGCCUCCAACGCGGACUACGCCUUGCUUUCGGGCUUCCAGCAUGGUCCGGUGAAGGACAGACCUCGGCUGUCGGUGCCGUCGGCGAAGGGUUCUGAAAGUGACAACUACAUGACCUUGGAUCAUGGUAGUCCGUACGCCUGGCUGAGGCACAGUCCAACGUCCGGAUCAGCUUCUGUGGCUUCGGCGCCAGUAGGAAGGUCGUUCGGAGGACCAGGAAUCGCCGAGGCGGAUAGCAUGGAGUCACUGUCUUCAACGGCGUCCAGCGCACACGGACAGUGGGCCGAGCCCUUCCUUUCCGGUCCCCUGCUGACGUCCCAGCGUGACAUCACUUCCGGUACGGCAACCUGCCCCGGAAGAAUAUCACGGUCCAGGUCUCUGCGGCCCGCACAGUCCGAGAGACUAGCCCUCCCCCUCGUCGGACCACGCCCUCCCUCCUGCCCCCCGUCGCCCACGGGGCGACAGGGUGGCUCACGCUACAUGUACAUCUCUUCUCCACUACACACGGCGAGCCAUGCCCCGAGGAACUCGAUGACUGUGUCACAUUACAUGGGAGGAUUGCUGUCCAAAAUGGCGACCAAGGAUGACGAUGCUCAUGGAUCCUCCUUGUCACUGGUCUCCACAAACUCUUCGCUCUACUCUACGACCGAGGAGAAGCAAGCCCACGAGAUUCGCAAGUUGCGAAAGGAACUGGAUCAAGCGAAUGAAAAAGUUGCCACACUGACGUCACAACUCACCACAAACGCUCACAUGGUGGCGGCGUUCGAGCAGUCUCUGUCCAACAUGACCUCCCGGUUGCAGCACCUCACGGCAACGGCGGAACAGAAGGACUCGGAACUGACGGAGCUGCGGAGCACCAUCGAAGCCCUCAAGCAGCAGAGCGCCGAAGCUGGGCUCACCAAGAUGGCGCUCCAGUCUAUGGCGGCCGUGCAUCGAAGUAUGGGCUCCAGUAACGGUGGUGGAGGGGGUCAUCCGCCCUCAGGCUGCUCUAACCUUGUGCGCCGCCAUACCUUUAACACUCCUAAGGACACCGCCGCGUUGCAAGAUCACCGGAUGUCCAGACAACUGUCGACGGACUCCAUGUCCAGCGUCAACUCUGCGUCCAGCGCGUGUAGCAAUGCCUCCACCAAGAACGAAGAAAACGGCAAGAAGCACAAGAAAAAGAAGGGCUGGCUGAGGAGCUCGUUCAGCAAGGCCUUCUCGCGGAGCAAGAAGAACCGGCACGGCUCGGUGUCGGACGUGGAGGACAUCCGGGCCUUCCAGUCCGACUCCUCGGCGCCAAACUCCCCCCUGCUCAGCCUGAACCCGGCCCACGCCAACGGACUCCACUCCAAUCUGGCUGACCACAACAUGCUCAAGCUCUCGCACUCCAGCUUCGCGCUGCACGAGCGUGAGGAAGAGGGUGGCCCCGAGGUGGUGCAGGAGCUCAGGAAGCAGCUGCGGGAGAAGGACCUUGUCCUCACGGACAUCCGACUGGAGGCACUCUCUUCGGCGCACCAGCUGGACAACCUCAAGGAGACCCUGGCCAGGAUGAGGAACGAAAUGCUCAACCUCAAGCAAGACAACGACCGUCUUCAGCGGCUGGUGAGCAGCAAAUCGCUGAAUUCCUCUCAGACGUCACUGCCGCACCGGAACAGCAUGGACACGCUUGAGAACAGGCUUAGCGCAGCGGAGCUCUCUCCAACUUUCGAUGUUCCCGAUGUCACCGCAGCUGAGAUUCCCGAAGGAAAACGCGUCACCAUCGCCAUUCAGCUCGGUUGCCACGGCGACCUGGAGAAGUUUCUUUCGAAAUCGGAGACGCCCAGUGAGGUCCUGAUCGGUUCCAUUUACGUCAGCGGCAAGACCAAAUGGGACCACCUCGACAGUGCCGUCAGGAGGGCCUUUAAGGACCAUGUGCUAAAAGUGGACCCUUUGUCCAACCUGGGCCUGAACUCCGAGAGCAUCCUGUGCUACCAUAUUGAUGACGUCGUGCGUUCCAAAGAGGCUGAGCUGCCCGAACUUCUGCCUUGUGGUUAUCUGGUUGGCGAGACCUUGAAGAUACAGAUUGUACUCAGAGGGACGGCGCAGAAUGCCGUGGAUGCCUUGGCGCUGCAGACGCUCAUUCCCAAGUCGAUUGUUCAGCGCUACGUGUCCCUGCUGAGCGAACACCGGAGGAUCAUCCUGUGUGGUCCCAGCGGCACGGGGAAGACCUUCCUCGCCCAGAAGCUGGCAGAGUACCUAGUCCUCAGGUCCGGCCGUGACCUGGCAGCUGGCUCCAUUGCAACCUUCAGCGUGGACCACAAGUCUGCCAAGGAGCUGCGGCAGUACCUGUCCAAUGUGGCCGAACAGUGCGAAAGCAGCAAUGUUAGCGACCUGCCAGCUGUGAUAAUCUUGGACAACCUCCAUCACGUCGGCUCGCUGGGAGAGGUCUUCAACGGCUUCCUGAGUGCCAAGUACCAAAAGUGCCCAUUCAUCAUUGGAACGAUGAACCAAGCCACGUGUUCCACCACAAACCUUCAGCUACAUCACAACUUCAGGUGGGUGCUGUGUGCCAACCACAUGGAACCCGUCAAGGGCUUCCUGGGCCGGUUCCUGCGUCGCCGGCUCGCCGAAGAGGAGAUCGCUUCCGGCCUGCACCAACCGGAACUCGCCAAGGUGAUCGACUGGAUGCCCAGGGCCUGGCACCACCUGAACCGGUUUCUCGAAACGCACAGCUCGUCCGACGUCACCAUCGGUCCCCGGCUAUUCCUGGCUUGCCCGAUGGACGUGGCCAGCUCCCAAGUCUGGUUCACAGACCUCUGGAACUACAGCAUUGUGCCGUAUCUUCUGGAAGCCGUUAGGGAGGGACUACAGCUGUAUGGCAAGAGGGCCCCCUGGGAGGACCCGGCGGAGUGGGUGCUCCAGACGUACCCCUGGCCCGGCCCGGCCUCCGACGCCCCACAGUUGCUCAGGCUACGGCCCGAAGACCUGGGCUACGACCCCAGCGCGGGGCCCAAGGUUGCCAGCGACCAGCCAGACGCCGACGCAGACCCGCUGCUCAACAUGCUGAUGCGUCUUCAAGAGGCCGCGAGCUACUCCAGCCCCCAAGGGAACGAUUCGGAGUCGGCGGAUUUGGAUCACAGCAACGGAUCCGACAGAGUGACGCCACGAAGCGAGGGAUUUGAGCCAUCUCUUUAAAGUGGAAACACAACCAAGAUGUUUCAUUGUGUCUUGGUGACUGCUACACUGAUUUGUAUAGAGAACCUGCCUUGUUACUGACGAGAGAGCUGUCGAACAAAGUCUUUUUAGCUACUUAGGCUUCCUAAAACAAAAGGGGGGCAAAAUUGUGAAUAUUGAAUAUCUUGCCUCUACAUCAACAGAGAAGUCGUCAGUCUCAAACGAGGCCGAGAGUCAAGCAUCUAAGACAAAUCCGGAAGUUCCGAUCGAGUUAACGGAACAUUGUCCGAGACCUUUCAAAAUGGAGCUUGCAUCGCGAGUGUACUCGAAAGCAAUUUCUGAUCUUUACGCUUUUAAACAUUGCCAUCAUCAAGCAGCAUGUUUUCUUUUUGGCUUGUGCAAAGCAAAAUGAAGGAAGCGAAUCUGAAUGUACAGAAUGUUUGAGCCGAUGCCGACUAAUGCAGGCUUUUACCUCCUGUACUCAUCUGAUGACCAGACUCUUACACGCUUGCUUUCUCCGCAACUGCGACCCCUAGCUAGUCUGAAAAAAUAUCUAUGUGUACAUACGCUUGUAUAGAAUGAGUUCUUAUUGCUGUGUACAUAUAUACAGUGCAUAUAUUUCUAACUCCCGCGUGUGUGUGCGUGCGUCUUGCGUGUUCGCCGAGAGUGCUAUUCUUGUAAACGCUUUUCUAAUCAUGGUAGAUCGUGCUAGAAAGGCCAUCUCCGGAGGACAUCGGGUGUUUUGUAGACGCGUUUUUAUGAAAUAUUUUAGGUGAACUUGUGGAAACUUUAUAUAAUUAGUUUAAUUAUUUCGCAAGAGAGCCAAGUGGUUUUAUGUGACCGUUAACAACUGCUACGGACAAGUUUUUCUUUCAGCGUGUCGUUCCUGCUUCGUUUCUCGUGCGGUCUUUCUGACAAGGGCUCUGUAUAAAAUGUUUCAGCAUGAUGUGUGCAUGUAUGUGUAUCGUAAGCCUGCAUGUUUUUUUGUUUGUUUUUGCCCACGUUUAUAGGAUGCUUUUCCAGUUGGGAUAUUCGUUGAGCGCCCUGCAGUUUGAGAAGGGCUUUUGUCACAUCCUUGGUUGUCGUAAAGCUACUUUAUUGUUUGAAACGAACCCGCCGUUGUGCAAAUCACCAAAAGAACAAGUGACCAAGCACUGUCGGAGGCAAAAAGGAUGGAGCAGGAUGCUUCUGCAGGAUAAGCCUUUGGAAUAUCCCAUUGCAGAACGCGCGAUGCCGUGUUUAUGCUCUCGCAGUGUGGUGUGAAGUCGAUUGUGUGUGCCAGCAUGUUUAGUUCCAGGUAGGGUUCUGCGUUUUCGAGCAUUUACUUCUGUUUGAAUUUAGGAUUGGGGGGGGAGGAGAGGUGGAGAGAGAGAGAGGGAGGGUAGGAGGGGAGGGGUUAAUUGGGUUUAUCUAUAUGUGCUGAAAACACAGAACCCUGGUUGCAAAAGCCCUUAUUGAUCCAAUAAUCUCAACAACUCCUAAAUAACCUGGCCUACUGCCCAAAGAACCCUGCCAGCAACUGUGUGUGCAAGACUGUAAAUAACUUUUCCCUUCUUCGUAAUUAGAAACGCCAAAACAAAGUUAAGUCCGUUUUACACACUUUUUUGGAAAAACCACGUGUGUGACUCUGCAUGGGCAUUGUUAUUGUCGUCGUAAUCAUCAUCAUCAUCAUCAUUGUCGUCCUUUCCCAAUACCGAUGAUGAUGAUGUCUAUGCAGAGCCACAAACCUAUCUGUGGUGCAUUACUCUGCGUGAAACGGCCUUUAUGCAUGUUUCUUUUUUCUUCUUUCUGCUGGUUUGCAGCAAACAGACAUAUAUUUAUUUGAGAGAAAUUUUUUGGGAGCUUUUUCCUCAAAAAUGUGACAAGACAGUGAUGUCAGUAAAAAUAAAGAUGCCCUUUUCUGCUCUGGA